CAUGUUCGAGCAUUGAAAGGAGUAUUUGGCUCCCAACCUUCAAUUGUAGGCACUUGCGCAGCCUCGGUAAGAAAGGCAUAAUAAACUUCCUCUAGCAGGUUCCAGGCUUUGUUUUGAUCAGCUUUCUGUGGUAAAAGAUAUGGCUGCCAAAGCCUUCCUCCUUUUCGUUAUUGCAUUCUUCUUUCUGGCCUUGUCCACCACCACCUCUUCCGCUUUCAACAUCACCAAGGUGCUCGGACAAUACCCUGAGUAUGGCACUUUCAACAACCUUCUCAGCCAGACCAAACUCGCUGAACAAAUCAGCCAUCGUCAAACCAUUACCAUACUAGCCUUGGACAACGAUACAAUUUCCUCCAUCGCAAACAGGUCCACCGAUGAACUCAAGAAGAUCCUCAUGAACCACAUUAUCCUUGACUACUUCGAUACCCUCAAGAUCCAAAAGCUGGGAAAGAAGAGCGCCAUUCUCACCACAUUAUAUCAAACCACUGGCAUGGCUAUGGAACAACAAGGGUUCUUGAACCUUACCAGGAUAGGCCCAGGUGAUGUUGCGUUCGGUUCAGGCGUGAAGGGUGCACCUCUAGUUUCUAAGCUUUUGGGGUCUGUGGUUGCCCAGCCUUUCAACUUAUCAGUGCUUCACGUUAGCACACCUAUUGUGGCUCCUGGCUUUGGUGAUCCCGUCCUUGCUCCUCCACCACCACCAGGUUCCAAGCCACCGGCCCCUGCUCCCAAGAAGGCCGAGGCCCCUGCACCCUCGGAGGAGGAGGAAGGUGAUGAUGAAGGGGAAUCCCCAGAUGGUGCACCCUCCCCUGCUCCAUCAGCUGAUGCACCAGCGGCUGAUGCUCCAACCAAAGGGAAGUCGCCCCCAUCACCCAAAGAUGCUGAUGAAGAAGAAGAAGCGGAAGCACCUGCUCCUUCCGCUUCUUCUAAAGUAGUGGGUUCACGCAUAGCCGCUGCAACAGUGAUAGGUUUGGUCGCAAGCUUUGUAGCCUUCUAAGAUACUUGAUGUUUUAUAAAGUGGAGAGAUAAACUUAAAUUUAUUACUAUAACGAAAAGCGAGGGGGUGGGCUUGAUUAUUGGGUCACACCCAUAUCCAACGUGCAAUCGCUAAUCCUCUGACAUGAGAAUGAUCGAAGGGAAGAUAAAUUUGUGAGCUCCAUUUUUUUUUUUCUUUUUAAUCGUGAAAUCCCUAAUUCCUAUUUUUGAUAAAGAAAUCCCGACCCUAUUUUACCAAACCCUGUCAUAAUAUUAUUGCAAAGUCUUUUUUUUUUUUUUGAAAAGCAUAUUAUUGCAAAGUCUUGAUUCCAAAACAAGCAUAAAAAACCCUCAAUUUUACACACCAAACCAUAUAAAUAUAAACCUCCAAAUUAGACCAUUAACCAUAUAAAUAUAUUUUCACACCAUAAACCAGAAG